CGGCGUGCAGCCCAUGUGACCGGAAGUGCGGGUCACAUGGGCGAAAGAAAGAUGGCGGCGCCCAGGGAACGCCGAGCCCGGCGGAAUGCACGCAGGGGGGGUCGACUCUGCAUGGCAUUGAGUCCCCCCCCACCUGGAAAUAAGGAGGCGGAGCCGCGCGGCAACGGGUGGACCAGGUAGGACUUAAAUUGAAUGUCAGUUUGCUGUCCAGGUGUGGUAUGGAGGUCCAGAUGUCAGCUAUGCAGGACACUAGCGCAGACAUCCCUACCCCGAGUCAUGGGGAGAAAGACACCACGGUUAAGUCGCUGGGAGAGCCUAAAAAGAAACCCAGAAGGUGUGCGCUAUGCUCAAAGAGACUGGGGGAGGCAUAUAUAAAAGCCCUGUGUAGUGACUGCCUAGCAAAGAUCCUCAGAGACGAACAAUCCUCCCUUCUGGCAGACCUGAGAGUGAUUGUGAAAGAGGAGAUCCAGGCGGCCAGCUCUAGUGUAGCGCAGAAACCCUGUGCCGUCUCCCCUCCCCCCAAAAGACCCCGUGUGCUCAGGGAGUCGGAUUCUGAAGAAGAAGGCUUAUACCUUUCAGAAGGGGAAACCUUAAAGGGGGACGACGAUCAGGGUUCUUCCCAUAUGGCCGACGAUCAGAGAAGAUAUCUCUUCUCACAAGAAGAUCUAGAUCCCCUCCUGUCGGCUGUAAGACAGACUAUGGAUAUAGAGGAAGAGGAGCAGACUCGCUCGAUACAGGACGAGAUGUUCGGCGGCUUAAAAGCUAGGAAGAAAAAAUUGUUCCCGGUGAACGAGAAUUUGAAGGACCUAGUCAUAGACGAAUGGGCUGACGCCGAUAAGAGAUUGUAUAUACCGCGGGAAUUUAAGAACAGGCUUUUGUUCAACCCGGAGGACACAAAACUGUGGGAUGUAGUCCCUAAAGUCGAUAUCCAGGUGGCGAAGGUGGUAAAAAGAACCACCCUCCCCUUUGAGGACUCAGCCCAGUUAAAGGAGCCAAUGGAUCGGAAGAUCGACGGUUUGCUCAAAAGAGCAUGGGAAGUUUCGGCCAAUAGCAUUAACACCAAUAUUGCUGCUACGUCCGUGGCCAGAUCUCUGUGUCUUUGGGUGAACCAGCUGGAAGAACAUCUUAGGCAAGACACCCCUAAGGAAGAGAUCCUGGCGUCAUUACCCCUAUUUAAGAUGGCUGCAUCCUUUGUAGCAGACGCCUCAGCAGAGUCCAUAAGAUUUGCAGCAAAAACAGACUCCCUAACCAAUACGGCAAGGAGAGCCCUGUGGCUAAAACCCUGGUCGGGGGAUAUAGCCUCCAAGAAUAAACUAUGCGCCUUACCCCUUAAAGGUUCUCACCUCUUUGGUCCGGUACUGGAUGAGAUCCUGGAGAAGACAGCGGACAGAAAGAAGGGGUUUCCGGAGGAAAAAGGAAAGAAACCUUUGCCCUUUCGUAAGACAACCAGCAGCUUCCAGGGCACUCCCAGAGGUAAAGGGAAGACUGGAAGGUGGAGCUACCCCAAAGGGGGAAAAGGUCGAGGUUUCCUUUUUAACCCCAAUUCCAAGCCUGAGAAACAAUGACGCCAGGCCAGUAGGGGGCAGACUCCAGUUCUUUUGGGAAGAAUGGACCAGGAUAACCAAAAACCAAUACAUCCUGGAAUCCAUCCGAACGGGGUUCAAGAUAGAGUUUCGCCUUCCUCCUCCUCAUCUAUUCCAGACCACAGUCUUUCAAUCGACCUCUCUGCAGGACCAGCUCCUGACGGACAUCCAAAAACUUCUGACUUUAGGCGCAAUUGUACAAGUCCCUCCUUCAGAGGAGUUCAAAGGUCACUACUCAAAACUCUUCCUCAUCACAAAACCAGAUGGCUCCAAGAGAACCAUCAUCAAUCUGAAAUUUCUGAACAAAUGGAUAACACAUCAUCAUUUCAAGAUGGAAUCAAUAAAAUCUGCAAUUCCGUUGAUAAGCCCAGGGGCGUUCCUAUGCACCCUGGAUCUAAAGGACGCAUAUUAUCACGUCCCCAUUCACCCUCAUUGUCAGCAAUAUUUGAGGUUCGCAAUCAAGAAGGACGGAAGGAUUAUGCAUUUCCAGUUCCAAUGUCUCCCGUUUGGAAUUUCAUCAGCCCCACGCAUCUUCACAAAGGUAGUGGCGGAGAUAGUUGCCUAUCUAAGACAGAGACAGGUAACUAUAGUCCCCUACCUAGACGACUUUCUGCUUGUGGCAGACUCAGAGGAGGAGUUAGAGCUUCACAAAGGAAGGACUCUAUCUUUACUCACUCGUCUAGGAUGGAAAAUAAACCUGGAGAAAUCGGACCUACAACCAGCAACGCAAAAGAAGUUCCUAGGAACCCUCCUAAAUUCCGUGACCCAGUACUCUCUUCUUCCCCAAGACAAGCAAGUCAGCAUAAGGGAAAGAAUAAGAGCCUUCAAACUAAAGAAAAAACGGACUCUGCGGGAAGCCAUGCAGGUCCUAGGACUGAUGACCUCAUGCAUCACAACUGUUCCUUGGGCCCAGUUCCAUACAAGAACCCUCCAGGCGGAGGUCCUCGCUUCUUGGGACAAGGACCACAGAUCACUAAACACCAAGGUAUCUCUUUCAGACGGGGCGGUAAACUCCCUCUCCUGGUGGUUGGUAACAGAAAACCUGUCCCGAGGAGUUGCCUGGAACACGAUACCGCUCAAAACAUUAACCACGGACGCAAGCAGCCAUGGUUGGGGAGCCCACCUAGGGGACCAGUUCUUUCAGGGCAGUUGGUCCGACGCAGACGCCCUAAGAUCCUCAAACUACAGGGAAUUGAAAGCGGUCUGGGAGUCCCUAAGAGCGGCAGAACAUCUCCUCAUAGGUCAUCAUGUCCGAGUGCUAUCGGACAACGUAACAACAGUU